AUUAAAUUAAAAAAUAAUAUGCAGCGUAAUUUUUUGCAGAGAAUAAUGUCAAAGUGUUACUGCGUGGAACAUGCUUCCUUAAGUGAAGGGAAAGCGUGGAAGCUAAUAAAGAUCGCAAACAAAAAAAUAAAAGUUGGGACGUUAACGUUCAUGAAAAAACAAUCCAUUUUACCGGAACGAUCUACAGCCAUAUGCGAUAUAUGUCUACACUAUGUAGAAAACACUUUAAUGUCAGAACCCCCCAAAAAGAAAAGAAAAGAAACUCACGAUCAUUUUUUGGAUGAAUUGAGAAACGAUAAUGUAUCAGAGGAGGUUUUGAUAGAAGUAGUAAAACUUAUUGGAACCAAACUAUCUUCCGAUAUUUAUGAAGACUCGUUAACAAUUAGUUCAUUAUAUAAAAGUGAUCAUUUUAAGGAAGACUUUGAAGUUAAAAGUUGGAUUUCCAAGAGAAAUAAAGUCCUUACCACUUUUCUAUUAGCUACAGCUAAUGUUAAGUCAUUAGAGGAGAAUCAUAAAAAAAACUUGUGUAUAGCUGGUUCCGUAGACUCACUAUUGAAAGCAAGAAAUUUGUCAACAAUUUCACCGAUACAUUUCUACAAAAAUUUGAUAUCAUACUACAUCACUGGUAGUAAAUUCAUUACACGUCUAAAUAAUGUUCAUGCCCCAGCUGGAAGCUAUUCAUCGAUAAUCGAGUGGCUUAAUAAUAUGUCUUGUAACUCCUUGAAAUGCACAGACAAUGGUGACAUUUGUACCUUUUUUGACAACAACCAGGUUGUUGCCAGAAAUUGGCGCGUUAACUAUAAUUAUAAAACCAAAGCCAGUGUUGUGACUACCGUAAUAAAUAUCCAUCCCUCACUGAGAACAAACAUACAAGAAAAUAAUGACUUAAACCCAACUAACUGGCUUUAUAGUAAUGAACAUGAUUUAACAGUAAAAAAAAUAAAAUCUUGUAUUUCUGAACAUGUAAGCUUUUUUAACAAUAUAAGGGACCAAUUUAUCAAAAAUAGAUUAGAGAAAGUUCAGAAGGACAUGAAGGAAAGAAAUGGAUGUUUGAUGGACCAUAUCGAUUGUAAAAUUUCAGGUAAAUAUAUGUUAAUAGAGCUUAUUAUGAAUAAAGUAAUGAAAGAAUUUUUAAUUUCAAUUUAAACUACCUUCAUGCAUGUAUAUGAUAUAUAUGAUAUAAUGUUUUUAAGAAAUAAAUGCUAUCUGAUAUUUCUUCAUAAAAUAUAUGAAAUUAAUAAAGUAUGAUUUAAAUGCGAAUAGGUUAUACAUCAAUUAUAUACCUUCAUGAAAUUAUAAUAAAACAAAUAAUGAAACUGAAUUUUUACAAAAGACGGAGUUGAUCCAAUAACUGAACAUGAUAAAUUUGACAAUUACCACUGGGUCCCAAGCCUCCAUCCAACAGAAUCGCCAAAGGUUGCUGUAGCGGAACCAAUAAUGUGCAAUCCGUGCUCUUACGCUUCUGUGAAAAAAGUGCUACAGGAAAUCCAAAGUCAAACCAUUACUCAAGGAAGACAAUGGAAUGUUGUAGGGUGUGACGGAUUGCCAUAUAAUUUGGCAACAAGACUAAGUGAACAAAAUGAGGAACUUAGAAACCUUUUAAUCGUGCCCGGUGCAGGGCAUAUUGAAAUUAAUGCUGUUAAGGCAAUAUUUAAAUUGCUUUGGGAUGUUUCUUUCAAGGAAUUAGCGAAGUUGUUGGGUUAUAGAACACCUAGAGCUCUUGUAUGUUGUUUCAAAUGCACUGACCACCAUAAAGCUUGGCAACUUUUAAAAAUUUAUUUUUUUGGGACCAUGGACGAAAUAUUGAGACAAUUUCUAUGUGACAGUUAUAAAAACAAAAAGCAGCAGUCAAUAAAUGAAUUCUAUAACUACAUCUCUGAAUCCGGCCCAAGCAUCCGAUUCAUGUGUGACUCUCUCUUCAAUUACGUGUUCCCAAUUUUUUUAUACAGAUGUGCAAUACGAAGAAAUAACAGUCGAUAUAUUUUGGCUGGAAGAUCAAUGUUUAUGAGAUUAUUUUUUGUUACUAACAUGACAAAUUAUCAAGAGUUAAUUUUUAAAGACUUGAAAGCACGUGUUUUGGCACCAGCUGAAGUAAAAACUUUUCUCGAAAAAACAGAAAGCUUUUCCGUCAGUGGAAAUAUAAGUAAAGGUGAGGGUGGGGAUUUUGUUUUAGAAUCUGUAAAUGGUAAAACAAAAAGAUGGCUUCCACCUGGUAUACCCACAGAGAAACAUUGGCUGAAAGUUUGCAGGAACGUAGACACGCUUGACAAGAUAAAGGAAAGUUUAAAUGAUGAGUUCAAUGUCAAAGAUACAAAUUCGGACAGCGUGUACCAAAGAGACAUUAAGAAAGAAGUACUUGAGUGGCGCGUAUUUUUGAGGCAAAGCGGAUAUUUUGCCAUUGGAAACUAUGCAAAUCCUAAACACAUAUCAUUAAGUGGUGAAAGAUUAGAUGAUCAACUUGUUUUGUUUGAGAACAAAUGCUUAUCAAAUUUAGAAGACUAUUUAAAGCGUGCAUCUGGUGGUGAUAUACCUAAAAGAAAUUUGCGUUUAGAACCAGUGUUUGUUACAAUAAAUGACAGAGACAAGUUUUUUGAUAUAAACAGAAAAACAAAGGACCAGAUAUGUAACAUAAUACAUGAACUUAUUGAAGAAAUCAAACAGUUAGGGAAUGUGAGUGAAGCGUUGGUGUUGGAGGAAGACUGGGCAAAGAUAAAAGUAUCAAGAAAGGACGACAUGUUACAAUUCUAUAAAGAAGUUGUAGUUGCACACGAAAAUGCUUCCUCAGAGAACACAGCAUGUGAAGAAUAUGAUACAGAUUCAAAUGACUGUAUUGAAAAUUCAGAAAAUGAAGAUGAAUAAGUGGUUUUACUUACGGACAUGGCGAUGUCUUCUAUUUGACCUAGCUAGGUUUGACCUCAAGCGAAAUACUCGUGCAUGGAGGUCAC